UGUCAUGUUUCUCGAUAUCCGAGCUUGCUCUUCUCACUUCUAUUCUCUUCUAUUCUCUCCCUUUAUUCCUUCUUUCUUUCUUCACUCUCUCUUCUCUUCUAUCUUCUCUCCAUUCUCUCUACUGAUUCAGAUUCUUCAAAAACAACACAGAAACUAAGACAAAACAAAGACAAAGACAAAGACAACUUCACUUUCUAUUCUAAACUCUAUAUUCAUAUUCCUUCCUUCUACCUCAAGCUCCAUUUCAAACUUAUCUUGUUCAAAAAGUGAAACCUUAGUAUUUCCAAACCACCCUUCUCUUUCUCUUUCUCUUUCUCUUUCUCUUUAUAACAAUAAUAAAAAACCCUCCUUUCUUCACAAGGUAAUGGUGUUGUUAGUAGUCAAAGUUGGUGUGAAAAAAGAAGGAACAGUUGAAGGUGAAGGUUGUUUCUUUCUUUCCUUCAUACCCAUCUAAAAAAAAACCAAACUUUACACAAACCCAUUUUCAUUUUCCCUGUUACAUGUUUUACUAGUACCAACAAUUUUCUUCUUCCUUGAAGUUUGUGUUUUUUUGGGGUGAGAGAAAUAUGGCUAUGGCUGUGGCUCAUCAUAGAGAGAGUAGUAGCAGUGGUGGAAGCAUUGAUAAGCAUCUUGAUUCAGGGAAAUAUGUUAGGUACACUUCUGAACAAGUUGAGGCUUUGGAAAGGGUUUAUGCUGAGUGUCCUAAGCCUAGUUCCAUGAGAAGACAACAAUUGAUUAGAGAGUGUCAUAUUCUUUCCAACAUUGAACCUAAACAAAUCAAGGUUUGGUUCCAAAAUAGAAGGUGUAGAGAGAAGCAGAGAAAAGAGGCUUCAAGACUUCAGACUGUGAAUAGGAAGUUGUCUGCAAUGAACAAGUUGUUGAUGGAAGAGAAUGAUAGGUUGCAGAAACAAGUUUCACAGCUUGUGUGUGAGAAUGGAUUUAUGAGGCAGCAGUUGCAUACUCCAUCAGCAGCAGCAACAACUGAUGCGAGCUGUGAUUCGGUUGUUACUACUCCUCAGAAUUCCAAGAGAGAUGCUAAUAACCCUGCUGGACUCCUAUCGAUUGCGGAGGAGACUUUGACAGAGUUCCUUUCAAAGGCUACAGGAACUGCUGUUGAUUGGGUCCAGAUGCCUGGGAUGAAGCCUGGUCCGGAUUCGGUUGGGAUCUUUGCGAUUUCACAAAGUUGUAGUGGAGUGGCAGCUCGAGCCUGCGGUCUUGUUAGUUUAGAACCUACAAAGAUUGCAGAGAUCCUUAAAGAUCGUUUAUCUUGGUUUCGAGAGUGUCGGAACCUUGAAGUUUUCACAAUGUUUCCUGCCGGAAAUGGAGGAACCAUUGAGCUUAUUUACACUCAGACAUAUGCUCCAACGACGCUGGCUCCCGCCCGGGAUUUCUGGACUCUGAGAUACACUACAAGUUUGGACAAUGGCAGUCUUGUGGUUUGUGAGAGGUCCUUGUCCGGUUCUGGCACUGGCCCUAAUCCAGCUGCUACUGCUCAGUUUGUAAGGGGUGAAAUGCUCCCUAGUGGCUACUUGAUUCGACCGUGUGAUGGCGGAGGUUCAAUUAUCCAUAUUGUAGACCACCUAAAUCUUGAGCCUUGGAGUGUGCCAGAAGUACUACGACCGCUUUAUGAAUCACCAAAAGUUGUGGCCCAAAAAAUGACAAUUGCGGCACUUCGAUAUAUUAGGCAAAUAGCUCAGGAAACGAGUGGCGAAGUAGUAUAUGGAUUAGGUAGACAACCUGCUGUUUUGCGAACAUUCAGCCAACGAUUGAGCAGAGGCUUCAAUGAUGCUGUAAAUGGAUUCAACGAUAAUGGGUGGUCUAUACUGAACUGUGAUGGCGCUGAGGAUGUAAUUAUUGCUGUUAAUUCAACCAAGAAUUUAAGUAGCACUUCUAAUCCAGCAAGUUCCCUUACAUUCCUCGGAGGAAUUCUCUGUGCAAAAGCUUCUAUGUUGCUCCAAAACGUUCCUCCUGCAGUUUUGGUUCGCUUCCUAAGGGAGCACCGCUCAGAAUGGGCUGAUUUCAACGUCGAUGCUUAUUCCGCUGCAUCACUGAAAGCUGGAAACUAUGCCUAUCCAGGGAUGAGGCCAACAAGAUUCACCGGCAAUCAAAUAAUCAUGCCACUUGGUCAGACAAUUGAACAUGAAGAGAUGCUUGAGGUUAUUAGGCUUGAAGGCCACUCUCUUGCUCCAGAAGAUGCUUUUGUUUCUAGGGACAUUCAUCUCUUACAAAUAUGCAGUGGGACUGAUGAGAAUGCUGUUGGGACUUGUUCAGAGCUCAUAUUUGCUCCAAUUGAUGAAAUGUUCCCGGAUGAUGCUCCAUUGGUACCUUCCGGUUUCCGCAUCAUUCCGUUGGACUCAAAACCAGGUGAUAAGAAGGAUGCAGCAAAUUCAAACCGAACACUGGAUUUGACAUCAGGUCUUGAUGUGGGCGCAGCAACAUCUCAAGGUGGUGCAGAUUCAUCCAGUCAAAGCACACGAUCGGUGUUGACUAUUGCCUUUCAGUUCCCUUUCGACAGCACCAUGCAAGAUAAUGUUGUAAUAAUGGCACGUCAAUAUGUUCGUAGUGUGAUUUCCUCUGUGCAGAGGGUUGCCAUGGCUAUUUCUCCGUCUGGUAUAAAUUCAUCUGUUGGAACAAAACUUUCUCCCGGUUCUCCAGAAGCAGUUACACUAGCUCACUGGAUCUGCCAGAGUUAUAGUUGCUAUUUGGGGACAGAAUUACUUAGAUCAGAUUCUCUCGUUGGUGACUUGAUGCUAAAACAGCUGUGGCAUCACCCGGACGCCAUUCUAUGUUGUUCACUCAAGUCGCAGCCGGUGUUUGUCUUUGCAAAUCAAGCCGGCCUUGACAUGUUGGAAACUACUCUAGUGGCUUUACAAGACAUCACAUUGGACAAAAUAUUUGACGAGUCCGGGCGCAAGGCAUUAUGUUCAGACUUCGCCAAGUUAAUGCAACAGGGUUUUGCUUAUCUGCCAACUGGGAUCUGCAUGUCUACGAUGGGACGGCAUGUUUCAUACGAGCAAGCCAUUGCAUGGAAAGUGUUAACACCAGAAGAUAACUCUGUUCAUUGCUUAGCUUUCUCUUUCAUAAAUUGGUCAUUUGUAUGAAAAUCCAAUUUGUGAUCAUGUCCCUGCAUUUUCUCUACAUGGAUAUAAAAUAGUAGUAAACAGUGAUAAAAUUUGGAGGGGAAAAAAUCAGGAAAUUUUGUUCAUGUACUUAAAAUACAGGAUCAGGUUUGUGCAUUUAAUUAGAUUUAAUUUAUUUGUUUCUUGUCUAUUUGCAUUGAGUAAGUUGAAUUAAUCUUGUAAAUUGUUGCUAGUGCUAGAGUGAAGUUGAGACUUGUAUGAA